CCAGCCAUAAUAUCUAUCCAGUGUCCCUUCACUUCUUCUUUCUGGGAUGUGUUACCUAAGAGGGCAUUAACAGAAUUAACUAAAUAUUCUAGCACUUCCACCUGGAGAAAGAUCAGUAAGGAAAGAUGAGUUGUAGAACAGGAGCACUCAUAACCACCAGUCAUUUUGCUUGCACUUCAAUUUUUGAUGAUUUCAAGGUGUCCACCGAGUUUCGUCGUCCCAAGUCAUGUUCAAGUGUUCGGAUUCAGUGCUCUUCUUCGAGCCCAGACCUGCAUGUUACUACUGAGAAAUUUGGGAAUGAUGCUUCAUUGACUGGUGGAGCAUAUGACUUCGAAAAGGCAACAACAUCCCUUACUCAGAAAUUAUUAUUUACUCCCAAGAAGGUUACCCUUGUUCGCCAUGGUCUCAGCACUUGGAAUGAAGAAGGUAGAGUUCAGGGAAGCUCAAAUCUCUCCACUUUAACUGAAACUGGAGUGGCUCAAGCAGAGAGGUGCAAGAAAGCAUUAGUUGAUACGCACUUCGAUCAAUGUUUCUCCAGUCCAAUAUCACGUGCCAAGUCCACAGCUGAAAUUAUAUGGCAAGGUAGGGAGCAGCCUUUGGUUUUUCUUGAUUCGCUGAAGGAGGCCCAUCUAUUUUUCCUCGAAGGGAUGAAAAAUGUGGAUGCUUUGCGGAUGUAUCCAAAGGAGUAUUCAACAUGGAGAGAAGAUCCAUCAAAUUUUAUUGUGAAUGGUGUCUAUCCAGUUCGGAAACUUUGGGACACAGCAAGUGAUGCUUGGAAAGAAAUCUUACUUACACCUGGAGAGAAUUUUUUGGUUGUAACGCACAAAUCAAUGUUGAGAGCACUGAUCUGCAUUGCUCUUGGACUAGGUCCAGAGAGGUUCCGUGCAGUCGACAUAAAUAACGGUGGGCUAUCUGUGUUCAACUUCAACAAACAAGGGGAGGCAAUGCUUCAAUCAUUAAAUAUGACAGCUCAUAUGUACACUGAUCACAUCUACAGGCAUCAGAAAAAAGGGAAAUGAAUGAAGUAAUUGAACAGAAACAAGACCAUAAUCUACUAGCAAAGUUGUUGAUCAGAAACAAGCCAAGUUUGUCGUCCAAGAGUCUGGGAAGCAGGCAAAGAGCAAAAAAGAAGCUGAGAGAUUGGAAAGAGGCAGUUCCUGUAGACAGAUUUUUGAUGUCGAAUCUAAGACUAGAGCUUAGUGACCAUAUAACCUUUUCUCAUUGUACUUUCUUUUAGUUUAAUGCAAUUCAGAAGCAACAAGAUACGAGAUUUCCAAUUCACAUGCUUUCUUGCUUUA